AGUAUAACUAUGGUAUAACUUCAUAAGCCAAUCGUCGUAUUCACAAUUUCAAUACGUCAAAGAAACAUCACAUCAAUCAAAAUGUCGGGGAUUCUCUCGAAAGUUUUGAGGUUACCACGGAAAUAUCCUUUGCUUCGCGGUAUGCUGUGUUACGCGGUGAUAUGGCCCGCUUGCAGCAUAACCCAAGAGUUCAUGGAGCACGGACCCAACUUGGAAAAAUUGGAUUGGGCUAGAGCAACGCGCUUUGGCGUGUUUGGAACAUUCUUUAUGGCUCCAGUCUUUUACGGGUGGAUGAAGUAUAGCAGCAGAUUUUUCAAGAGAAAUAAUUUGAAGACAGCAAUCCUCAGGGCGGGCUUAGAACAAAUCUCUUACGCUCCUCUAGCGACGGCGUAUUUCUUCUUCGGCAUGAGUCUGCUCGAGAUGAAGCCUAUAGAAGCAUGCCUAAAAGAAGUGGAAGAAAAACUCUGGCCCACGUACAAAAUAGGGGUGUUAUUCUGGCCGAUGGCUCAAACUGUUAACUUUUAUUUUGUUUCCGAAAAGAACAGGAUAGUAUUUGUGAGCUUGGCUAGUUUUGUAUGGACGGUUUAUCUCGCGCAUGUUAAAAGUAAAGAAAAAAAUGAAAAAGCUGUAAUUUGAGUGUAAAUGACUUUAAGCCGGAGUAACAAAUUAUAAUCAGACAUUAUUAACGCGACGCGUGUAUUUUAUUUAAUACAUUUAUUACCUACA